UUGAGGAAGGAGACAGUUCUUGAACUAAAAUCCCUCAGCGAUGUAUCGGUACAUGGACAGACCCCUUCCACUUCAAACUUUAUCCCACGCCAAAGGUCUGUGUGACUGCACUGAAGAAGAGUGAGGAAGCGGUGAGAUGCUUUUGCCGGGUAAAGUGUGACGCACCAGUUGACGGUACUGGCAGACAGCUGGGAAAGAUUACGUCGGCAUUGCUUAACCGAGGCACUUUAAAAUCCAGAUCACAAGACUUGGCGCCUUAAAGUACUACGCUAAAAAUCCAAGAGGGGGAUGAUGGACAACGGAGGGUUUUGCGAUGAUAAUUAUCACAAUUUAAGCAGUGAUGAUGAGCUGGUGGACAUUUCAGAUGUUACGAUGGACUUCAGUGAGGAUGUCCCGCCUCUGGACCGAGAUUACAGCACAGACGUAGGCCGCUGUAAAGCAGAUUGGAGAGUAUACAACAGUCCUAAGCUGUUGGAUCUACUGGAUGACACCAUUCCUGGCAUUGGCACCUAUGAGGACUUCAACACCAUCGACUGGGUUAGGGAGAAGUCUAAAGACAGAGAUCGACAUAGAGAGAUCACCAAUAAGAGUAAGCAGUCUACACUAGCCUUGCUCAUCAGCAUCAGUGAUGCCUUUUCUGGCUGGCUUCUUAUGCUCCUCAUUGGACUCAUGUCAGGGGCCUUGGCUGGAGGUAUAGACAUUGCCGCCCAUUGGAUGACAGACCUUAAAGAGGGCGUGUGCCUAAACGGGUUCUGGUUUAAUCAUGAGGACUGUUGCUGGACAUCCAAUGAAACCACUUUCAAGGAAAGAGACAGGUGUCCUCAGUGGAAAAGCUGGGCAGAGCUCAUGGUUGGAGUCAAUGAGGGGGCCAGUGCGUAUGUGGUGAGUUAUUUCAUGUAUGUGAGCUGGGCUCUUCUCUUCGCCUUCCUGGCAGUGACUCUGGUGAGAGCCUUCGCCCCUUAUGCUUGCGGUUCAGGAAUACCAGAGAUUAAAACCAUCCUGAGUGGCUUCAUAAUCCGUGGGUACCUGGGAAAGUGGACUUUGAUCAUAAAGACCAUCACGCUGGUGCUGGCCGUCUCUUCCGGCCUCAGUCUGGGGAAAGAGGGUCCACUGGUUCAUGUAGCCUGCUGCUGCGCAAACAUCCUAUGCCAUUUAUUCACCAAAUACCGUCGAAAUGAGGCCAAGAGACGAGAGGUGUUGUCUGCAGCAUCUGCAGUGGGAGUGUCCGUAGCGUUCGGUGCUCCUAUUGGAGGGGUGCUUUUCAGUCUUGAGGAGGUCAGCUACUACUUCCCUCUGAAGACUCUGUGGCGUUCGUUCUUCGCUGCUCUGGUUGCUGCAUUCACCCUUCGCUCCAUUAACCCCUUCGGCAACAGCCGUCUGGUCCUUUUCUACGUGGAGUUCCACACUCCCUGGCAUUUUCUAGAACUCAUACCUUUCAUAUUUCUGGGCAUCUUUGGUGGCCUUUGGGGGGCUUUCUUCAUUCGUGCUAACAUCGCCUGGUGCCGUCUCCGAAAGAACACCUGCCUUGGGCACUACCCUGUCCUCGAGGUUCUGUUGGUCACCCUGAUCACAGCGUUGCUAGCGUUCCCGAAUGAGUACACUCGGAUGAGUGGCAGCCAACUGAUCUCCGAGCUGUUCAACGACUGUAGUCUGCUGGACUCGUCGAGAAUCUGCGACUACAGUGGAAGCAGAACAGGAAGUGCUAAUGUUACUGUCACUAACGGUCUGGCGGAUCGUCCGGAGGGGCCAAAGCUCUAUACGGCUAUGUUGCUGCUUGCUCUUGCACUGAUCUUUAAGAUGUUCAUCACUGUGGCUACAUUUGGCAUGAAGGUGCCAUCCGGUCUGUUCAUCCCCAGUAUGGCGGUGGGAGCUAUAGCAGGCAGGCUUCUUGGUGUGGGCAUGGAGCAGCUGGCCAUCUACCACCAUGACUGGAAUGUUUUCCGAGGCUGGUGCUCUCCUGGGGCGUACUGCAUCACGCCGGGCUUGUACGCCAUGGUGGGCGCAGCAGCCUGUCUGGGUGGUGUGACCCGUAUGACAGUCUCUCUGGUGGUCAUUAUGUUUGAGCUGACUGGAGGUUUAGAGUACAUUGUGCCUCUCAUGGCUGCUGCCAUGACCAGCAAAUGGGUCGCAGACGCUCUGGGUCGUGAGGGCAUCUACGAGGCCCACAUCCGUCUCAACGGUUACCCCUUCCUGGAAGCCAAAGAGGAAUUCCGCCACAAGACUCUUGCCACGGAUGUGAUGCGACCACGGCGGAGCGGCCCACCGCUGUCUGUGCUGACGCAGAGCGGAAUGACUGUAGAGGAGGUGGAGAGACUCAUCGGAGACACCACCUACAGUGGCUUUCCUGUAGUGAUCUCACACCAGUCUCAGAGAUUGGUGGGCUUUGUGUUGAGGAGGGAUCUGGUAAUAUCUUUAGAAAAUGCACGUCGGCAUCAGGAAGGUGUGGUCAGCGUGUCUGCCGUCCUGUUCAGUGAAUGUGAUCUGCCCGCGUCACCCAACACUCCUCCUGCUGUCAAACUGCACAGCAUCUUGGAUCUUAGCCCCUUCACGGUCACUGUGCACACACCCAUGGAAAUCGUGGUGGACAUCUUCCGCAAGCUAGGCCUGCGGCAGUGCCUCGUCACUCAGAACGGGCGUAUGCUGGGAAUCAUCACUAAAAAAGAUGUUCUUAAACACAUGGCGCAGAUGGCCAACAGAGACCCGGAUUCUAUCCUCUUCAACUGAAGACUCUCAGGACACACUCCUGCACACACCCACAUGCACACUGAAUCAUCCUGUGAGGAUGGUGAUGGAUGAUGAUGAUAAUGGUGGUGGUUGGACUGUGUGUGUCACUGAGGUACUGCUAUUCUAGAGUGGUAUGAGAUUGGCCUAAGGCAGCUUUUUGCUGCUCCAGAACUGGACAUGUUCAGACAGGAGCUGUCCUUUAGCCUGUCCGGAGGCUACAGAGACAUUAAUGUGACAAAUGCUGUUCUCUCACACCUGUGAAACUCAUUUCAGUCCUGAUCUGAAUGGUUGCCAUUAGGACUUUCGGUAUGUGGACCAAAUGCUUUUCCUGCCAACACGUUUUUUCAAAUUUGGGGCGACUUCUUUUCGAGCUUUUAAUUCAUUUAUGGUGCUUUACUCUACUAAAAAAUCAGCUUAAACUAGCUUAAGAUGGUUGUUAGUCUCAGGCUGCGGGUUUUAAUUUUUUUUUUUUUUUUUACAUUUACCAGACCAACAGUCGAGACCUUAACCAGCCAAGACCAGUAGUUUAAGCUAUUUUUUAGCAGGGUUUUCAUUCCCUGGAGUGACGUCUGACCUCGAAAGGAACUUCAGAAGGGUGAGAACAUUCCUGAAAUGAUCUGUGAAACGUGCGUUGAGGUUGUCUUGUCUGAACCUGCGUGCGUCGAAUGAUCCCUGUGGGAAGAUGUGCCGUCUUUUGUAGAAAUGCAGUGAGAUUUGGUGUAUCAUGUUGAAAAAGCCACACUUAUUCUUUCUCACUUAUACAUACUAACAAAAUGCCCACAGUAGUGCCGUUCAACUUCCUCCAUUAGUCACUCUGAAGACUUUGAGACAAGUUUUGAAGAUCACGUACCACUCUUUUAAGUUUAAAUGUACAUUCAACUACAACUGGAGAGAAACUAGUUGAUUUUACGACAUAAGGUGUCUAAAGGGAUGGUUCACCCAAAAAUGUAAAACUUCUGUCAUAAUUUACUCAACCUUGUGACAUUCUAUACCUGUAUGACUCUCUUCUGUGGAACAUAAGACAUUACAUCAUACAAUCAGAGUCAAUGGCAACAAAAACUCUUCAACUUCACCAACAUUCUUCAAAAUAUCUUCUUUUGUGGCCCACAGAAGAAAGUAAGUGGUACAGAUUUGGAACAACACAAGGGUGAGUAAAUGAUGAGAAUUCUCAUUUUUGAGUCAACUAUGCUUUCAAUACUUCACAUUGGGUUGAAGUGCCCUGAUUCUCCCUCCGUCUUUCUGUUUCAGUCUCUCUCACUCUCAGCUCUUUCUUACUCCCGACAAGCUAUUCAGCCUUACCAUUGGCUUAAGUUUUCCAAAAAAGUUUGUAGUGGCUGCCAAUUUCCACUCAGCUUCCCAAAUGAACCAAGCUGCAAUUCCCUCUCGGCACCACCAGGAGGCACUCACAAUCUCACAGCUUGUUCCUUCUGGAUAUUGUGUACCAUCUGAUUGACUGUUGGCCCGGUUCACUCACUGGGUGUGUUGCGGCAUUCUCUCAUGUCAUUACCUUCGGGACUCUACAUUCCCCCAACAUCUUUAUGCUCAUAUUGAGCACCUGGACCCUUACAUACAGUCUUUGGAGAUGUGAAUCCACUCCUCCGUCCGUUAUCCUCACUUUCUUUCCCAUGUAUCCACGCUGUCGUCCUCAGACAACCUCAGCAAAGCAUCUCUCGGCACCUCCCUUGUUUGGCUGUGAGGAUCUGAUCAUGACAUAACGAGAUCCUCCCUGUCACGAAAGGGCUAAACUCAUACUAUAGUCCUCUUCCUUGGCAUACUCGCUCGGCUUUCGUCUCGGUGCAUUUGAAAACCUCCACCCUCCAUGUUUUUUCCCCCCUGCAUUGGUAUUUGAGUUUUUAUGGCCUAUUAAAGGUAUUCGACUAUUUUCAUGCCUGCUCUAAACGCUCUCUUUCCCUGCAAGCCGUAAUUCCCGGGAGUUUGAUUCGGGCCGUGGAGGUCGGGGAGGGCUAUUGUUCCCAUUCGCUCCUGCUCGUCUGGGCUCCCGGUCGCCAGGAUGUCCCCGACCGCUUCCCUCAAGCACCGCCACGCAGCCCUGACCGCCUUCCACUCUUAGAAAGACAAUUUCCGGUCCAGUCUUUAAACAACGGGCGAUUCUGCAAUGUUAUAAUAGAGCGGGAGGGAAAAAGAAAUUCUUGCGCUCUGAUUACUGAAAGAAAAGGUGUGUGUGUAUUUGUGUGGGGGGCCGUAGGGGUGUUGGAAGGAGAGAUUAUGGCUUUCUUUUUUGCCUCCCUAGGAAAACAUGGGAAUAUGGGAGGAGGGAGAGGAGAAAAGGUUAAUUAAACAGUGUUCACUGGUCAGUGCAAGGAUUGUUUCACAAAGGUCCCCUCUGUGUCACACGAGGGGUUAUUGGAGAGACUUGGCACGAAGGACUUCCACUCAUUCCUGCAAUCCGGGUGGGUGCUGAGCCUCUUUGCGCUGUAACCCAACACUCAAUUGGUGCAAAUGGAGCCGGGCCAGGACCGGGACCAAAUGAAAUGUUCUAAUGUAAAACAGGACCUCCUAUGUUCUUAUCUACAGAACGUGGGCUUUAACUAAGUCAGGAAGGCAAACAAGCAGCAAGUAAACAGCUGUUUAGCUUGCGUCUACUUGAGAACGUGUCUGCCUUUUUCUACGCAAAUAGCCAGUUUAGGGCCGAGGACAAAUGCUAAACCUGAGUAAACUGCUUUUACAGGCGUCAGUGAGCAUGUUUACGAUGUAGAUCCGAAGAAACCUGCGAUUUUUCUCGCCAAAAAGGCAAUACGGUUAUUACCAAAUUGUUUGGAAGCAAAAGAAUUAUGCAUGAUUUAUUCCAAAGCACUCCUCCGAGAUGAUGUAUUUGUCUUUUUAUUGACGACAUGUUAACUUUAAUAUGUAUUUAUUUUCCACAACAAAAAUUCGAUUGCAGUAUUUGUAUGUGACGUUGAUUAUAUCAUAUUGUUAAAUGAACUUUUGUCCAUUUGAAUAAAUCUGAAUGAUGCAUACCA